AUGGAUCCCCCGCAAAGCAAUUUCCCAACCCUCAAGGGCAAAGUCGCCAUUGUCACAGGUGCUUCUAGAGGGCUUGGUGCGGGCUUCGCGUUUGAGUUGGCCCGGAGAGGUGCCAAGAUUGUGGCAACAUAUACAUCUCCAAACAGCGAAAAACUCGUUGAGGAGCUUUUAGCGAAGAUCGCCUCACUUGAGCCUCCAUCUCAAUGCGUUGGUGUCCGGGCAGACCUCCGAGAGCCUGACAGCGCUAAAAAGAUCAUCGAGCCAGCCAUCAGCGCGUUUGGACCUCACAUCGACAUUCUGGUCAACAACGCAGGUGCCGAGCUGGUAAAGCGUCACACUGAUCUUACAACCACCGACUUUGACUACAUCUAUCACCUCAACGUCCUCGCUCCACUGCUCCUCCUCCAGGCUACAAAGCCUUAUCUUCCGUCCACAGGCGGUGGUCGAAUCAUCAACAUCUCGUCUGUUGGCGCACGGUACGGAUUUAAAGACCUCUCUUUGUAUUGCUCAUCCAAAGCUGCACUGGAAGGCAUGACGCGCUGUUGGGCUGCGGAGUUAGGUGAAGAGGGACACACUGCCAACGCUGUGAACCCAGGGCCUGUGCAGAGCGAGAUGUUGGAAAACAUUCCUCAAGAUAUUGUCGCGAUGCAAAAAGCACAAACGCCUGCGGGAAAUAGACUGGGAUCAGUUGAUGAUGUUGCCCAAAUUGUUGCGUGGUUGGCGUCAGAAGAAAGUCGGUGGGUAACGGGCCAAUGUCUGAGCGCGAGUGGUGGAUGGGUGAUGUACUGA